CUUCCGCCUCUCGCGCGGUCCCGCCCCGCCGGGGCAGCGCGCAGGUUCUGUGCUCUGGGGAUGGCGGAGGGUGGUGGAGUCUCGGUUAGUGACUGAAUAUCUGAGAGAGUGGGGCUGCUUCGGACGUCUGUGGUGGAGUCUAGUAGCGCUCCCUUUCUGCGGUCUGGGGGCGAGAGUGAGCUGGGGUCUCUGGAGGGCUAGUGUGGGUGUUCUGCAGUGGUGGGAGGUAGGAAGCAGCUCCCCUUCAUACCCCAUUACAGUGGACGCCUUUGAGGAAGACGGCUUAAGCCAACUCUUUUCUAGGGUCUCUUCGCCACUUAAACGACACACACGGGCGUAUGCUUAUCUGCGCUUGUGUUCCUUGUUCGUCAGGCCUGAGUGGUCAUUGGCGCUAGUCACACAGCUUUGUAGGGUUUAAGAGGUAGGCGAAGAUUUCAUUUCCAAGAUGGAAAGCCCGUCCGACUCAGCUGUGACUUUACCUAGCACUCCACGGGCCUGCGCCAGCCCACCAUCUCCCCGUACAAGCAGUUUAAGAAAACAACCUAUGAGUGCAACACUUAGAGAACGAUUGAGGAAAACUAGAUCUUCAUUUAAUUCCCAUUACAAUGUGGUAAAACGUCUUAAAGUAGAGAAUGAAGAAAACGAUCAGACUUUUCCUGAGAAACCAGCAUCUUCAACAGAAGAAAACUGUUUGGAACUUCAGGAAAAUUUUAAACACAAAGAUGGUGAAUUCAAAGAAAGUACAUAUUUGAAAAAUACCUUCAAGAAUAUCAGUGCGUGUGAAUCUAAGUCUCUUGAUACUGAGUCAUGCAGUGAUCUCCAGAGUGACUUUGUGAAUGAGGAACUUCCCAAACAGGGAUUAAAUGAAGAAAGAACAAAAUUGAUGAAGCAGAUUGAAGAGAAAGAAGACCUUCUUCGGAGGCUAAAACUGGUCAAAAUGUAUAGAUCAAAGAAUGACCUGUCUCAGUUACAGUUGUUAAUACAGAAGUGGAGAAGCUGUAGCCAGCUGUUGCUUUAUGAGUUGCAGUCAGCCAUGUCUGCGGAGAACAGGAAACUCAGCCUUACUCAGUUGAUAGACCACUAUGGGUUAGACGAUAAGUUGCUACACUAUAACAGAAGUGAAGAAGAAUUUAUGGAUGUUUAAUUCAUAAUUAUUUCCCCAGAAUAUUUUUGAGAAUGGUAAGUUAAAAGAUACUUAAUACAUUUUAAAAGGAAGGUAGAAACCAUUAUGUAAAUAUAAAAUAAGAUCUAAAAUGAA